CUCUCUGCUGUCGUCCGGCUUUUCUUACGAGAAGAUAGAGAGAGAAAGGAGAGACAGACAUGGAAGCGGAAAAGAGGAGAGGGGGAGGAGAGAAGGAGGAUAUGUCCCAUGUGAUUCAUAAGGUGCCGGCGGGGGAUAGCCCUUAUGGUCGAGCCAAGCAUCUCCAGCUUGUGGAGAAGGAUCCAGAAAUGGCGAUCGUAUGGUUUUGGAAGGCGAUAAAUGCUGGGGACCGGGUGGACAGUGCACUGAAGGACAUGGCAGUGGGGAUGAAGCAGCAGGACCGCGCAGAGGAAGCGGUCGAAGCCAUCAAAUCUUUCAGGCACCUGUGCUCCAAGCAAGCACAGGUAUCCUUGGACAAUCUCCUCAUUGACCUUUACAAGAAAUGUGGAAGGAUGGAGGAGCAGAUAGAGCUUCUAAAGCAAAAGCUGGGGAUGAUAAUCCUUGGUGAAGCCUUCAAUGGGAAGACCACCAAGACAGCACGCUCCCAUGGCAAAAAGUUCCAGAUCUCGAUCCAGCAAGAAACUUCGCGCAUCCUGGGCAAUCUUGGUUGGGCCUACAUGCAACAAAACAACUAUGAUGCAGCUGAGGUAGUGUACCGCAAAGCUCAAAUGAUCGAGCCUGAUGCGAACAAGGCCUGCAAUCUUGGCCUCUGCCUCAUAAAGAAAGGAAGGUUCGACGAGGCCCGGGCGGUGCUCGAGGAAGUCCUGCACCGUAGAUACCCAAGCUCGGAUGACGGCAAGAUAAUUAGCCGGGCGGAACAGUUGGUGCGUGAGAUCGAACUGCAGCCUGCUGUUUCUCCAUUGGAGGUGGGCUUGAGCAUAAAAGAGGAGAUCAUGGAGAGAUUGGAUCUCGUGAUGAACGAGUGGGCCCCGUUCAGAUCCAAGAGGUUACCAAUAUUUGAGGAGAUUUCCACCUGGAGAGACCACAUAGCUUGUUGAUUCUUUUAGCUAGUCUGUCUUUGCCGGUCUGUAAUGUUAGGAUAGAAAAUGUUUACUUGUUGGACUUUCUUUUACUUCUAGCAAUAUGUUUAGCCAAAAAAAAAACAUCUACUAUAAAGAAUCAAUAUGAAGAAUUCCUACAUAAUUAAAAAUCCUUAUAAACUACAUACGAAGCAAGUGUUACAAAAAAAAGAAACAAUUACUCCAAAUUAUAAAAAUUAUAAGGUCACAACCAACCAACUUCCAGUAGGUUGGAUUGCACUCAUGGAUAUAUAGUUACAAAUGGUCACUACUCUUCUGAUCCUCCUGUCAGUUCAGUACUGCAGCAUCUCCAGCGUUGCGAGCAUUCUCCAGACUAACCAAACCAUUUGGAUGUACUUUCUUUCUUAAUCCGAAGAAUAAACCUUUGUUGGGCUUCUUCUCUUUGGACCUCUUUCCCCCCAUCUCUUCUUCCAUUCUCUUCAUCUUCUCCUUGUGGAUCUUCCUCAUGACAUAGGCUUGAGCAAAGUCUCCUCCCAUCAUGGAUGCCAUCGCUUGAAUGAGUAGAAAGCCAACUACACUCUUCCUUUUUCUUCUCCUUCCUCUUCCUCUCCUUCUCCUCGUUCAGACCGUGGGGUUGUGGAGUUUCCGGCCACUGGGGAUGGAUUUAUAUGUUAGGAAAGAAAAUGUUAGGAAAGAAGAUGUUUAUAUGUUAGGAUAG